AUGGCUCAAGAAAAAAUUAAUUCAUUGAUAUCUAAAAUUGAAAUUGAAACAAAUGUUGAUAUUUAUUUAAACGAUUUUAUUAGGAUUGUUAAACAAAUUCACAAUUUUCAAAAUGAUCAGUCUUUGGAGGAAAAAAUUUUAUUUAUAAAAUUACUUGAAUUUACAUUUAAUUGUUUAAGGGACCCUAUUGAAAGAGAUGUUGCUAUUGUUACUUUUAUUGAUGAGAUGAAAAUUGCAACAAAAUCAGAAAAUGUACCAUACAGUUUGUCAGCAUUUUAUCCAAAUUUUCAAAGCAAAGUUUCAGUAUGCCUGAAUCAGUUAUGUGCUAGUGAUCCUGAUGAAAAUGAUAUUUUUGAUAUAGCUCUUUUGAAAAAAAUAGGAUAUGAGUUGCAAUUUUUGGCAUUAAUUAGUCCAAGAAAAGUUGUUUCAUCAUUAGUAUUAAAAAUUUUUAUAAAACAGAUAAUUUUAUCACAAUGGUAUGAAAAUGAAGAAGAUACUGAUAAUGACGAUGAAGAAAAUAGUAAAUAUCCUCUCAUUGUUCUACAAUUAAAACGAUUUCUUGUUAAAUCAUUUCAAAGCAAACUUUCACCAUCAAUGUUUUCUAAGGAUGGAUAUAUUAACAUUACCAAUAUUUUCUCUAAAUUGUCGUCAUUAUACUAUAUAAAUAAUGUUGAAAAUGAACCAGAAGAUCCCUUAGUUGAUGUUAAUUUAAUUUGUAAUGUUGUUUUGAUUCCAAUGGCAUUUGAUGAAUCAACUGCACAAUUAGCUUUUACAAUUUUAUCGCAAUUAAUUGAUCAAUCAAAUUUAAAUUUGUUAAAAUUUAAUUGGCAAAAUUUGUUACCAGAAAAGGAAGAUGAAAAUAAAUUUAAAGUUGAGGGAAUUAUUGCUUUGGCAAUUCAUCAUUUACCUUUAUUUGCUAGAAAAGAAAAUAGUGAAGGUUUAUUUUUAAUUUUUUCUACAUUGGAAAAACUUGCCAUCAAAUUACAAAAUGAUCAAUUUAAGUUUUCAAUACCAAUAAUAAAUCAUCAAUUGGUUAAACUGAAAUCAUUAGAUUGGAUUUAUGCUUAUGUUGUUAUGAGAAUUUUUAAGGAUUUAUGGAAUAUUAAAAAGUUAAUUAUUCCAACUUAUUUUCAAAAUUUUUUGGAUGAAUACGAUUUAUUAAACUUUAAAUUUAUCCAUCUUUCAGAAGAUCAAGAUGUUUUAACUUCUUUUACAGAAUCAAUUCUUGAAAUGGCUGCGCUUUCCGAAUUUUGUGCUAAGGAUUUCUUGAUAAAAAAUAAUUUUAAAAAAUUAAUUGACUCAAAUCUUUUACGUACUGCAUUUUCACGAGCAUUAUUCUAUCCAUAUGAAAAUCACAUCUUACCAAUAUCUACUUGUUUCAGAAAUGUUUUUUAUAUUUUAAUGAAGAAAUUUAAUAUCACACCAUUAUGGAGUAAUAUAACAUAUAUGGUUGAUCCAGAUGAUAAAGAUGUAGUUGUAACUUGUUAUAAUAGAAGUAUACUUAAUCAAUUAGUCACUUCAAUUUAUUUCAAUGCCUGUGAAUUACCAAAAUUAUUUCCUGAUAAUUAUAAAAAUGUUGAUAAAAAUGUGGUAAAUACUAUAAGAUCAACUUAUCUUAACAUGAUUAUGAUGAAUACAACAUAUUUAGAAAAAAAAAUCAAUGAUGAUUUUGUUGAUAAUACUUUUUCCAAGUCUUCUUUUGCAAAAAGCUUUAUAAUACUAUCAAGUGAGGUUAAUUUAUAUAUUUGCCAAAUGAAUUCACUUCUUCAAUUAGGUGUUCCUGAAGGUGAUAUGUUAUUCAAAUCUGUUACCAAAAAAGUUGUAGAACUUAAUGAUUUAAUAACAAAUAUCAAAAUUAGUAAUUCUUUUGUUAGUUAA